AUGGCUGAGAUCGCAGCAGGAGCACUUGCCGUCGAGCAGGUCGUCUCCACAGGUGUCCAGGCUGGCGCAGCUGUCGCCGUCGCCAAACCAGCCCAGCCUUACAAGGCAUCGCUGAGCCGCAUAGCCACCUCUCCAGCUGAGGACACCACACUAGCUCUCGCGAGGUCCAACCACACCGUCACAGUCAUCGGGGACAAGGCCUACAUCUUUGGUGGCGAGACCUCGGACGGGAAGCUCUGCAACACCGACGUGCACGCCAUCUCCCUCCCGUCCGACACCAAACCCAACUCCGACUAUGCCUGCUACCCAGCCUUUCCCCUCAAGGAGGCCUCGACCGGCGAGCUGUUGGUCCCUUCACCCCGCCGGGGCCACGCCGCCUGCGCCCGGGGCAAAUACGUCCUCAUCCACGGGGGCAGCGACGAGGCUGGCAACCCUAUCGACGAGGACGCCUGUCUGUGGCUGUGGGACUCGGAGACGUUGAGGUGGGCCAAGGUGCACGCCACCACCCAGAUCGGAAAGGCACUGGCACCAAGAGAGGGACACAGCAUAUUCGUCGACGAGAAGCAGGAUUUCCUCAUCCUCCACGGUGGCAGAACGUCGGCCUCGUCGGGCCCGGUCGGAGAGACGUGGCUCUACGACUUCGAUGCGGUCGCCUGGACCCAGCUGCCGUCUUCCCCGGUGCCGCCCUCGAGCUCGGCCUUCGUGAACAACACCCUGUACACCCUCACGAGUGAUACGGCCCUGAGCGGGUCCAUACACUUCCUGAACCUGGGGCCCAACGCAACAGAGCGAGCCAAGCCAGACGCGCUGAGGUGGGACAAGGUCGAUUUCCCAGUCAACCCGCUUGUCCCAGGGCCGAGCCCGAGAGUGGGGGCUGCCUUGGUCCCCAUCUCGACCGGCUACGGGCGUCACUUCUUGGUCUACCUGCUGGGCAGAAGCGAGGGAAACGGCAAGGAGAACGAGGCCCACCCAUAUCACUCGGACAUCUGGUCCCUGCAGCUCCCCUCCCAGGGCUUCAGCCUGACCACUGUCAAGGAUGCGAUUCGCGACCACCUGCCCGGACACGUGGACUCGGGCGCGUUCAGCUGGGCUGAGGUGGACAUUGUGCCGACGGAGCAGGUGGAACACGAGGGCAAGGUCCACCCCGGGCCGAGGGGCUUCUUUGGUGCCGGGCCAUGUCUGGACGGCAAGGGAGUUGUGUUCUGGGGAGGGGUCAACGCGAAGGGUGAGAAGGAGUCUGAUGGUUGGAUUCUCCGGGUUCAGUGA